AUGAGAGAUUACAAAGUAGUUGUCUUAGGUGCAGGUGGUGUAGGUAAAUCUUCGGUAACUGUACAGUUCGUGCAAGGUGUUUAUGUAGAAAGUUAUGAUCCAACCAUUGAAGAUUCAUAUAGAAAGCAAAUCGAAAUUGACGGAAGAGCAUGCGAUUUGGAAAUCUUAGAUACCGCAGGUGUUGCACAAUUCACUGCUAUGAGAGAAUUAUACAUAAAAUCAGGUAAAGGGUUUUUACUUGUUUACUCAGUUACUGAUGAGAAUUCGUUGAAAGAAUUACUAGCCUUGAGAGAACAAGUAUUGAGAAUCAAAGAUUCCGAUAACGUACCAAUGGUUUUAAUUGGUAACAAAUGUGAUUUGAAAGACGAUAGAGUUUUAAGCAUAGAAGACGGUAUUAAAGUCUCCCAAGACUGGGGAUGUGUUCCAUUUUAUGAAACAAGUGCCAUGUACAAAACCAAUGUUGACGAAGCCUUUAUCGAUGUGGUUAGGCAAAUAAUGAGAAAAGAAGCAGCAAUAACUGCUGAAAAGAAGCAAGCUAAGCAACUUCAAAAGCAAAAUGCUUUGGAAAAUUCAAAUAAUGCAGCUAAUACCGGAGGAACCGACAAGAAAGCUAAUGACGAUGGAAACUUUGAUACCAAACUGACAAGAACACGAAAUACCAAGAGUUCACAAAAGGAGAAUAAUGAUGAGUUUGGCAACAAGAAAGAGAAAUCUAUCAACAAAUGUUGCGUGAUAAUGUAA